AUAAAAUUGCGAUUACCGGAAAAGUAUUGUAAACUAACUCGACUGUUAAUUGGCGAUUAAUAAUCUCAAAUAUUAACGCGCAAGGAACGAGCUCGCUAAAAUAUUUCGAUUAUUAAUCGCCUUUAUUAACAAACUUUUUGGUUAAAUAGUGUAACGAUUUUUAAAUCUAAGCGCGCUCGGUGAGCAAGCUCUCGGAAGAGUGGAGUCGGUUUUUACGGGCGGCGAGAAAAAGAGGAGGUGAAGAGCGUUUUUUGAGCGAAUUGAAAUGCGGUGAAAAGCGAGAUUUUGGCAAAAUAAGGAACCAAUAACAGCUAGGUUCUAUGUACGGGUGGCGUCGAUUCGUGAUUGGUUGCCGUCUCCGUCGUCACUGUCCCAUACCCAUCGAUUCGUGGUUGGUUGCCGUCUCCAUCGUUGCUGUCCCAUACUAUGGUAACAUCUCCUAGGGGAGCUUUGAACACAAGAGGAUCGCUCCGAAGUACUUCACCAGGAAAGAGCUUAUGUAAAUUUGCGGAAAGUAGCAUGUAAGAUCGUAAAAUAAGUCUGUUGUCCGUUCGUCAAUUCCUCUUCCUUGUUGGAUUAACUACCCAGCUGGCGCCGAAAGGACCCCCCAACAAAAAAGGCCGGAGAACGUCAAAAUCGCCACAAUAGCUAUUUGGGUUUUCCUGCCUAUUUGCAGACCAUUUUUUUAAUCGCCGCCGCCGUUGAGCACAUUGCGUUUUCCGCCGCCGCGCUCCCCUCCCGGGUCGCCAUACCAACCCGGCGCGAUUUCCCGUUCUAGGGUCGCCGCCCCUAGCGCCAGGAGGAGCCCGUCUCGAAGGAAGUUGACGUUCAGGAGGGAAUGACCGUGCCGGACAUUUUGUUCCUUUUUUUCUUGUUUUGUUAAAACCGUAUUUUUUUUAAGAUUAACGUAAGAUUAUUUUAGCCGUGUAGCUGGUGGCAAGGAAUAAAAUCCCGAUUGUUGUUAGUAAAAUUCCUCCGUUUUACUUCUUGUUUCCGCGGGCGCUCACCAGACCACUAGGAGAAGUGUGACUCCGGCUUUAGAGCCAUCCCGGUGCCCAAGUACCACUGCUCCUGACUGAAGGCGCCCCCCACCUGUUACUUUCUCAGCGGCUUGGCACACCACCCCCAUACGAUAUCGGCGAAAUUCCAGACCGUCACGGGGAGUUUGGUGGCACAAUCGUCGCAGCCGAUAUGGAGAUGGACCUGGAGGAGUUGGUCACGUCUCUCCCGACCGUCAUCAAUGAGAUCGUAGACACCGAUCCCUACCGCCUCCAUAUCGACGCCGACGUUUGGGUACGUGGUGGCGAAGUCGGCUGCAGCGAUUUUGGUGACCUGGAACUUUUCGCUAACCAGGCCUGCCAUCCCACCACCGUAAUUUCGCGUCCGGUGAUGCCAGCGCCGUUCCCAUGGCCAGCCUCCACCAGCGCUACGCCCCAUUGUAACUUGUUCGUCCCGCCUCUGGUGAGGUCCUCAACAGCCGAAUCGACGAGCCAACUACGAGACCAAUCGCGCCGUCUCCGAUUCACGAAUUUCAACCGCCACCGCCCAAGCGUCCGCCUCUCGUGCUGCCACUGGCACCGACACCACCCCGUUUGAAUCAUGCUGGAUGGUACUGGACACGGUUCUGAUACCACUGUCUGGUAAUGACCUUUCGUCAGCUAGCUUUUUGAAAGCAACCACAAAAUGAAUGUUCCCGAAAUAUCCUCUCAAACGGACAACCCCUUGAAAGUAACUACUUUUAAGUUUUUGAGAGAGUUAUUCUCAAAUGG